AUUACACCCGAACAAUUCACCUUCGGCCAACCUCGGGUUUAUUUAUUAAUAUUUCUGUGUUUAUUUUAAUGUAGCUAUACUAACCUAACUAACCAUCCAAAUGGUUUUAAAGUGUUUUAAUGUAGCUAACCUAUCCGACCACUUUUAAUAUUUCAAUUCAUUUUUCCUGCGCAAAAAUAAAUAAAUCCCGAGGUUGGCCGAAGGUGAAUAUUCGGGUGUAAUCGGGAAUGGCAGAACUUUAUGUGGAUCUUAGGACUCUCACGUGAACGAAUACAUCAUGUAAAAAGAAACUUACGGAAGAAACGGAAACAUUGUUUGGCCCAAGUAAAUGUUAACAGAAGCUUCAAUCUCACACCAAAAGCCAAAUACAUGUAUAAUGCAGUAAAGAAACUUAAAAGAAAAUCAGAAAAAAUAUCAAAAAAAUGCCUGACAUUUAAAAGGAGGUUAGCUGAUGCUGAAAAAUUUGCACACUCAAAAUUGUUUGAAAAACUUGCCCCUCAAAUGAAAGAAACCACAAAAGCUUUCAUCACCUCACAGUUCCGAAACCAUGCUAGAGACCCACAUGGCUAUAGGUUCAGCCUCACUGAUAAGCUACUGGCUCUCUCCCUUUUUAAGCAAAGUGGGAAAGGUUACAAACUUAUUUCGAAGAUAUUUGUGUUACCUUCCAGGAAUUCACUGAAGGGUCAGUCCAUAUCAAGUGGUCCAGCUCUGGUUGCUCGACUAUUUUUAAAAAAAUUCAUAAUUUGAGCCUUGUUAACAUUAUGUAUUGACAGUUUAAAACUGACACAGUUAAAUUUUUAUUCUCACUAGUUUGAUUAUGGCAGCCAUUUUUUUGUCAUGGGGCGCGACAAUUUUUACAUUUACAAGGGUUCAGCUACAUUGCUAUAUCUUGGCUCUGGUAGGCCAUAUCAUGAUGAAACAAAAUCUGAGGGGUUAAGCACAUUUUAAGCUACAAUUCUGAUGACAAACCAUUUUUUUAACAUCACUCAAUCUUGCCAACUUUAAAGGUUGAACUUGUGCCUUAGAAUUGCAAAAAAUUUGCAUUUUCAUAAAUUUUUUUAAGAGUGAAGGCAGUAUCUGUUGGGCUUCAAAAUAUUUAUGGAUGUGCUUAUGUAAUAGUAGAGUAAAUACAAAUUAUUUGGAGUGUGAGACUUCAAUACUUUUUUUUUUACAAUUUUGUAAAAACCAGUUUUUUCAGAUUUUUGCUUACUUUACGGCUUAAUAUCUCUGGUGGGCAGUUAUCUAAAAAUCUUAAAUUUACACACAAUUAAGUACUCCAUGGUACAUAACUCCUGUAAAAAUUUAGACUUUGAGAUUCAACUGGUUCGGUAGUUACAGCCUUGCCAAACUUGUGUAAAAUUGCAUUUUUUUUGCAACAAUGAAACUAUAAUAAAUUCUAAUUAUAUUUUUAAAAAUCUUAAUACCCUAAAAUUGGCAUUUACUAUGCAAUUGAAAAGAGUUCUCCGACUAAGAACAUUAAAAAAUAUGCCUGAGAUGUUUACCACUGUUUGGAGUGUGCAGGUCUUAACAGGCACGGACUUGCUCUAGUAUGGUCUGGUAUUUGUUCCAUCCUGUUAGUCUGCCAGCAGCUCUGGUAUAGGAAAGGUGGUUUGUGUUUCCAUGAAGGUUUUUUGUUUUUCGGUAUGGAGAAAGAGUGUUCAGUAGGACAUUUAACAAAUGAACAAUGCCACAAAUGUGUUUAUGGUUCAGUGCAACAGGAAUUGAAGAAAAUCUGUGUGUUUAGUUUAGAACAGCAACAGCUAAUAUUUACCAGAGUUUCUAGUGAUGUUAAGUCUGUAUAUAAGUACCAUGAGAUUAAGUAUCUUAUUAAAUAUCACCAUAUAUUUGGCCGGUAUUGCAGUGAUCCUUUACAAAUACAUAAAAAGGCAAUCACAAAAGGACUUAGGGAAAUACUUCCUGAACACAUGUAUAAAAAAACAAACUACAAUUUACUGCUUGUCCCUGGUAAGUCCUUGUGUCCUACAUGCUACAAAAAAAUAUUUGUGACAGCAAAUGAUGGAACAGGGGACACAUGUGAUUCAGACUUUAUUACAGAGAUUGAAAAGUUGGGAAAAGUAGACAAUGUAUGUACUCAAUUAGGGGUUUCGCCAGCAUCUAAAAUAAGGAAAUUGGGUUUAGAUAAAAGACCACAAGCAAUAGCUGACAAGAUCAGUAAAGUUUCAAAUGUUUUGAAAAGAAAUCUUGAGGAAUCUUUUGAUGAAGUGAUGGAAAACAGAGAAGCAAGUGAAGAGUCUGUAGAAGAGUUUGACGAAUUAAUCAAGAAACUGAAGGAUAAAUGUGCUGUUGCAGGAAAAGAAAUGAAAGUGAAAAUAAUUAGUUUACUUCCAAAUUCAUGGAGUCGACUAAGAAUAACUCAAGAGUUCAAUGUAUCUGAUCGUUUGGUAAAACUGACAAGAGACCUAGUGAAAGAUCAGGGCAUUCUACCAGAGUUGGGAAAGAAAAAGGGUUUUGGCAUUCAAUCAGAGGUGGUUACUACAGUCCGUGAAUUCUAUGAAAGUGAUGAAUACAGUCGUCUUUGUCCCGGAAAAAAAGACUGUUUAUCGGUAAAAAUAAAUAACAUGAAAUGUCAAAAGCAGAAGAGGCUGGUGCUUUGCAAUUUGAAUGAAUUGUUUGUGGAAUUUAAAUCUAAACAUCCAGACUGUAGAAUUGGAAGAUCAAAAUUCAUUGAACUCAGACCUAAGUGGUGUGUCACAGCCGGAUCAUCGGGAACACACAAUGUUUGUGUUUGUACUUAUCAUCAGAAUGUUAAGCUAAUGGUUGAUGGUGCAAAGCUUAUGAAAGAUUACAAAGACCUACUUGCUAUACUCGUUUGUGAUAUGAGUAGUUACGAGUGUAUGAUGGGCAAAUGUGUUAAAUGUCCAGGAAGUGAAGCCCUAGUAUCUCUGUUUGAUGAAUUUGAAGAAAGUGAUGCCAUCCCAGACAACAUAAUUUUUCAACAAUGGACCACAACAGAUAGAGCUGAAAUGAUAACUGUUAUUCAGCCAAAAGAAGAAUUCUUUCUGUCCCUUAUUGAAAAACUUGAUUCACUUAAAACUCAUAAUUUUAUAUCAAAGAUUCAAAGUCAGCAUUUGAGAGAGAAGAAGGAGAAACUUAACGAAACAGAGUGCAUUGUUCUUGCAGACUUCGCAGAAAACUUUACAUUUGUUAUCCAAGACGAGAUUCAGAGCUACCACUGGGUAAAUCGCCAAGCAACUGUUCAUCCUUUUGUGUAUUAUUACAAAGAAAACGAUAAACUUCUAACCCAAUGUGUUUGUGUAAUCAGUGAUCAUUUGGACCAUAACACAACAACAGUGCAUACAUUUCAAUCUCAUCUUAUGAAACACUUAAAAGACACUGUUCCUUCGGUUCAACAUAUAAUUUACUUCUCAGAUGGAUCAUCAAGUCAGUACAAAAAUAAGAAAAAUUUAAUUAAUGUCUGUCACCACAAGAAUGAUUUCGGUCUUAGUGCUGAGUGGAAUUUCUUCGCAACAUCACAUGGAAAAAAUGCAUGUGAUGGUGUUGGAGGAACAACAAAAAGGGAAGUAACAAAGGCAAGUCUUCAAAGAACAGUCAAGGAUCACAUUCUUUCCCCUGAAGAUAUGUAUAUGUACUGUACACAGACUAUUAAAGGUAUGUUAAAGAAGAGGAAAUUACCGCUCGACAAGAAGAGUUGAAACCUAGGUUCGACAACUGCCAACGGCUCCCUGGAACACGAAAAUUUCACCGCUUUGUUCCUCUCACCGAGAUUAUAAUGAGAUGCUAUGCAACGUCCAAAUCAGAAGAGUAUGAGGAUCUUCCAGUUUCAACCAAGUCCAUCCCCAUGAAUCUUCGGAACAAUGACAUUAUCGCCUGUGUGUAUGACGAACAGUGGUGGCUAGGAGUCAUUGAAGAAGUUAAUUUUGUGAACAAUGAUAUUUACGUAAAAUUUUACAACCCAGCUGGACCUAGAACAUCAUUUAAGAUGUCAUGUGCAGACAGAGUGUGGGUGCCGCUUAAGAAUGUGUUGAGGAAGCUCAGUCCAUCAGAGCUAUCCACAGCAACUGGACGUUCACACAACAUUUCAGCAUCAUUAUCUGAAGAAAUUUCAAUGCUGUUUAACAAACAUAAGAAAUAAGGUACAAAUUAAAAUCGUAAAUCAUUUGUCUGUUUAAAAAUGUGAAUCAUUUGUCUGUUUAAAAAUGUGAUAUAGAAUGACUGUUAUAAUUAAUAUUUUUGUGCAUAGUAUACAUGUGUUUUGGCAACAAACUUUAGUGUAAUACUUUUUAUGACUUAGUACAGCACUUACAGCAUAUAUAUAAAAUAAUUAAGAACGUAUAUAAAAUUACUAGGGUUGCUUUUAUUUAUGCAAAUAAAUAAAAAAAAUUAUGAGUUUGGCAAGGCUGUAACUUCCGAACCAGUUGAAUCUCAAAGUCUAAAUUUUUACAGGAGUUAUGUACCAUGGAGUACUUAAUUUUGUGUAAAUUUAAGAUUUUUAGAUAACUGCCCACCAGAGAUAUUAAGCCGUAAAGUAAGCAAAAAUCUGAAAAAACUGGUUAUCCAUAAAUAUUUUGAAGCCCAACAGAUACUGCCUUCACUCUUAAAAAAAUUUAUGAAAAUGCAAAUUUUUGCAAUUCUAAGGCACAAGUUCAACCUUUAAAGUUGGCAAGAUUGAUUGAUUUUAAAAAAAUGGUUUGUCAUCAGAAUUGUAGCUUAAAAUGUGCUUAACCCCUCAGAUUCUGUUUCAUCAUGAUAUGGCCUACCAGAGCCAAGAUAUAGCAAUGUAGCUGAACCCUUGUAAAUGUAAAAAUUGUCGCGCCCCAUGACAAAAAAUGGCUGCCAUAAUCAAACUAAUGAGAAUAAAAAAUUAACUGUGUCAGUUUUAAAUUGUCAAUACAUAAUGUUAACAAGGCUCAAAAUAUCAAUUUUUUUAAAAUUGAUGAAGCUUCCAAUAAAUUUUUUUUUGGACCACUUCAUAUGGAUUGACCCUGAAAUCAUUGCUGAAAAAAAUUCCCUUUGAAACAGGAAUUAACACAAAAGUGUUUCAACAGCUUGCAAGGACAGUCUCCAAAAUGAAUAAACUGGACAAAUAUUGCAUGUUAGUAUUCGAUGAGAUGGCCAUUUCUCCAGGAUUGUUGUAUAAUUCGAAAGACUACAUCGAUGGGUUUGAAGACUUGGGCAAAGGGCAAAGGAAGGCGGUUUUUGCAGAUCAUGCCUUAGUAUUCAUGGUUCGUGGAUUGUCCAGGAAAUGGAAACAGCCAAUCGCAUUCACAUUAGUGCAAGGAGCCACAAAAACUGUUGAUUUAGUGCGAUUAAUCAAAAGUAUUACAAAGUUGUUGAUUAAUACUGGUCUUCAUGUUAUGGCAACAGUAUGUGACCAGGGUACUGCAAAUGUUGCAGCUAUAAAUUAUUUAAUUAAAGAUACUGAACGGGAAUACCUGAGACAAGGAAAGGAGAAGAUGUUUCCAGGGUUUGUGAUUGAGGGCCAGGAAAUAAUUCCAAUUUUUGACCCCCCUCACCUUUUGAAAGGAAUGCGGAACAACUUAUUGGUAAAGAACUUGGUAUUUGAAGAUGAUGGUAAAAAAAAAAUUGCAAAAUGGGAACAUAUUUUGCAGUUCUAUAACAUAGAUUAUGCAAAUGGAGAUGAGUAUUUAAAGAUGUGUCCAAAAUUGAGUGAUGAACAUGUCAUACCAGACAAAAUCAAGAAAAUGCAAGUGAAAUGUUGCACUCAAGUGUUCAGCCAGAGAGUGUCAUCGAUAAUGAGGAAACUUGCUCAGUGGUCAAGGCAGAUACCACUAAACUCCACCAAAGAAGGAGGUAUCAGUUUUGAUAGAAGCGGUACCUGCGCUAGUACUUCAGCACCUAAUGUUGAUCAUAUUCAAAAUGGCAAUUAUGUGUGUGUGUGGAGUGAAGAUCCCGUCAUGGCCGCAAGAGUACUGGAACUCAUCAGACGAUGCCUGCAUCCUUGGCCAUGCCGUGGAACACAGACUCCUUGUUCUGGAGCAAGGCAUCAGGGGAGUCGUACUCUAUCACUCGGCCAUCAUCAAGGACAAUCACCCUGAAACACACAACAUAGCAAGUAUAGUCAUUCCAUGCUUUCUCUGCAGGGAAAUAAGUUUCAUCCACACAUUAAAAAAAUCAAGCUAAAACCUUGAGAAUAUAUUCUUCACAACCUUCUGAACAACUCCCUAAAAUUUCCAAAUAAUCCCACAUCUGUAUUUCCAACACUUUGAAAAAUAAGUUUACUAUUUAGAAUUUUAAGAAAAAUUUAUUUAAAUAUUAUAGUUUGUACACUAUUUGCUAUAGAAAUUUUACAAAAAUUUAUACAAAAGAGAAUCAGCCCUCUAACAUACUCAACAAAAAAAUGCCUAUCCAUAGUGUUUACAUUAAUGUAAACCAUGUUUGUAUCAAAACAUAUCUGAAACUAGUCAUACGACAUUGUAAAACACAUCAGAAACAAAUGUAAUAUAUAAAAAAACUGGGUAUGUCAUAGGUAUUUAAAACUACAAACAAAUUUAUAAAAAAAAUUUUUUUUCAAUAUCUCACAUGUACAAUUUUUUUUAGUGUUGAUGUUUGGCAGAUUAAAUGUUCUUUGCUUUGUGCAUAGCAAAAUAAAAGUGAUACACUCUU